CGUAGGGAGCGGCUCUGUUUGAAUACACUGCGGAAACAGUCGACAACCAAGCAACCGAUGAGAUGAGCGAACCGUAGCAGCAUGCAGUUAGCCAGCUAACGAUUUAAUAGUGUGCAAUUCGCACAGUUCGGCCGUUUCAGAAGAUAUAAUCGUCGUUUUAGGUCGAGUGGCAGCAAGAACGUAUUUUUUCUCGAGUGGAACUAUUUAAUGACUCGCUAACCUGGCUGGCUAAAGUUAUCUAGCUAACCGCAUUGCAACGGAUGCAUGAACCUAGUCAUUAGAUAUGCGGUCUAUACUGUAGCAUUAGGUACCUUACCAGCCCUGUUUGUUGUUUAUUAAUAUUACUGUUGAGUUUACGGUUGCGGCGCUGAAAAAGUCUUGUGAGCCAAUAAGAUCCACGUGAUGACGAGUUAGCGUCAGAAGUCAGGGGAAAGUGAUUAAUUUGGAAACGCUGGUGCUGAACCGCCUCGACUGCAAAUGCCAGAUUCCUUCGGUCCGGACAAAAGAAAGUGGACAAUCUGUAGAGAGGGAUACGAGUGUUAGGUAAGCUUGUAAAAAAUGAAAGUCAUGGAGAAGAGUGUCAUGCGUUUGCUGGCUGUCCAGCAUCUCCGCGCAAGGUACGGGAUAAAGACAAAGAACUGGAACAAAAACAAAGCGGCCAGCAGCAGUUCAGCAGCCUCCAAUACGACAAAAGUUUUUGGUGUUCCCUUGGAGAGCUUACCGUACUAUAAUAUGGAAUGUGGGCGCGUGCCGAGUUUUUUGGUUGAUGCGUGUAUGAAGGUGCUAGCGCAUGUUGAAACAGAAGGCCUGUUCAGAAAAUCUGGCUCCGUCGUCCGCCUGAAAGCACUGAGGGCAAAGCUGGACGCGGGUGAAGAGUGUCUGUCCACUGCUCUUCCCUGUGACGUGGCGGGUCUGGUGAAGCAGUUCUUCAGGGAGCUGCCGGAGCCUGUGCUCCCCACAGAGCUGCACGAAGCUUUCCUCAAGGCCCAGCAGCUCCCCACAGAGGAGGAGAGAACCUCCGCCACUAUGCUGCUGUCAUGUGUACUGCCAGACAGAAACCUAUGUGUCCUGCAACACUUUUUUGACUUCCUGUACAAUGUGUCUACAAGGAGUGCUGAAAAUAAGAUGGACAGCAGUAACUUGUCUGUAAUUUUUGCCCCCAACCUCCUUCACUCUGGAGAUAAUACAGAGAAAAUGAACGCUAACACUGAGAAACGCCUCAAACUACAGGCGGCCAUAAUACACUGUUUCAUAGAGAACGCCCACAGCUUCGGUGCGUUACCACAGUUUCUUCAGGAUAAAGUUCCAGCGAUGAUGGGCUGUGAGGGGGGUGUCCUGUCUCCUAGCCACGAUGAACUCGAAGAAGUGGAACUAAACUCAGGGAUGAAAAAGAAGCACAGACGCAGCUUCGGAGAUAUUGUCAAUGGUGCACUGAAUAAGAUAAAAACUAAUAGAACACCCACAAAUGUCAGCCAGGCAGACAGUCAUGGUUGGUCCAAUGUCUUUUCCUCUGCUACUCCUGUGAUUGGAACACCAUCCUCAAAGCGAAAACUUCCUUUGGAAUCGGGUCACACUUUUGGAUUUUCCAGCAAGAAACGCAGAUCUGUCAAAAAGAACCUUGGGAUAGAAUUGCUUCCAAAUACUUUGUUCGGCGGGGCCUCUACUCCUGGAUCAGCUUACAGUGCCUCUGGGGUCUUGGAUACUUCCCAAAAUGCUGUGUCAUCCGCGGGGAGGUCUAGAAGAAUGUCUGCUACCUCUGUGAGGAGAAAGAGUCGCCGACUUAGCGGCAGACAUGCUGUCAACAGAGUUGAAUCUGGAAAGGCUGGCUGUUUUUCUCCUAAAGUCAGUAAGAAAGAAGCUCCUCGCAAGUCCCUGCGCUUACGUUUCAGCCUGGGGAGGAGCAGCAAAGAAGCUGGAUCUGAGUCCAUUGGCUGGCGACUCGCCACACAGGAGAGCUCCAGCGGCUUCCAUUUCACCAAAGAGAUGGAGUUCACUCCAUCAGUUCUCCCUAGCGAAACUGAAUCCAAGAAUACCAAGUACAUCAGUAAGUCUGAAGACAACCUGCUGACACCACAGUGUGAUGAAGGUGCCCACCAGACCUCAUGGAGUGAGGAGACCCCCGCGGGAGCCGAAGCUUUCAGAGGAGGCUCUUUCACCGACACUCCCUUGAACGUGCGCCUGAAGGCCAACUACGUGUCUGAGCCUGCCAUCGUCGUGUCCAGCCCCCCAGUAGCGAGCAGCCUGCCCAUGAAGCUUUGUUGUGUGUCCAGCUCAGAGAGCCUGGAGAGCGAGUGUUCCCCGGCUGGAGCUGAGGCACAAACGGGCCCAACCCUGCUGAAGAUCAAGAAGGCCUUCACAGAGUCGGGCAGCGACCUCCGGGCUAUCAUACGAGCCUCGGACAGAGACGCAGGAGCAAGUGUGAAAACGCCAUCAGACAACGUCCCAGUCCCUCUACCAGAGACUCCUACAGGCGAAGCUCUGACUGUUGACACUGAAGCCUCCUGUUUCCAAGCUCAACAGAGCUUUUUGGCUAAUGAACAGAACAUUACAUUUGGCCAAAUUGAAAUCGCCGCCCUGUCUCCUUUGCAUAUUGAUAGUGUCGUUUUUGAGUCUGGCGUAUACUGUAGCCCAGGAAGUAAGGAGGAUAAAGAUUCUCUCUGUGUUUCUACCAGUAGCCAUAAUGGCUCCAUUGAAAGGGAGGCAGAGAAUGUGAACUGCAGCAGGUUGAUUGACGCUCUGGACAUCCAGAGCCCUGCUCACUUCAAACUGGGCGUCUCCUCCGGACAGCAGUCCACUCCAUACAAGCGGAGUCUCCAACUAGGAGAUGAGUUUGUCACACCUCCUAAAACAAGAACUGUAGUUGCCACGUCCCCAGAGAUUGGUGUCAAUUUCCAGGAGCAGCCACCGCUCUCCCCUUUCAGUCUGGAGACUGAAAAGCGGCGUGUCGCAGACCACAUUCAACACUUCAACAAGCUCACCAUUUAUUCUCCCAAAGGCUCCCGGGGCAAAGGCGUCAGGUCACCGCUCAAGUUCCAGCGCACCCCGGUUUGCCAGGCUGUCCGCAGGAUCAACUCUCUCCUAGGAGAGGGCAACAGACCCACUAGAAAUGCAGUGGCCAGCGCCAGCCAGGAUGGUCCUUUUCUUAAGGCGGUGAGUCUAGAGAGCGGCCUCUCUCCUCACCCACGGACGACACGAGUGGAACGGUCCAGCAGCGUGUGCCCCAUAAAGAAACCACCUCCAGUGCCACCAAAAAAGCCAAGCACAUUGGCUCGCAAACCCAAGGCCUGCGCUCUGGGCGACGUGACCAACAAGGUCCAACAAAAAACUAAAGUGGACUGUUCAGCCUCUGAUCCACCAGGAGCUCAGAAGCCUCUUGUGCAGCAGGUGGCAGAGAAAGACAUGAACCAUUACAGGGGUUCACCCAGAAACCCCCUUAACCAACUGCAACUGCUGUCUGCUACUAGACCUGUCGAUUUAUAGUCGAUUCUCUCUUGCCUUUUAUCGUUCCUCUUACUAUGCAGCUCUGUCCGGUAACGCUACGUGACAUUAAACAUUCCAGCUUACGUUCUCCAUCAUUUCAGGGUCUUAAUUUAUUUGUAGCUGAAGUAGGAGCUGUUUGUGUUAGGGCCUUAUUGGGAGUUAUGUGCAUGCCUUACAUUUGUUUUACAAUUGUAAAACUACGUCAAAUGUUGACACAUCGGCCUUCAAGAUUAUGUCAUAGUGUUUAGAUUGUAGUGUGCAGGCCAAAUUAUGUAAAAUGUGAUUGGUGGUGUGACUGGAAGUGUUUCGAGUGUUGCGGUUUUAUUUAUGCAUUUUAUAGCCGUGAAAAAGAGAAAAAAAAAUUAUUGGAGUGAAAGUUAAAGCUGUUUCCUCAUUACAGAAUAUUUUCUUAAUCAUGUUGUCAUGAACAGAGAGAAAGGAAAAAAAAAUUUUGUUUUUGAAAAAAGCCAAACAGUAUUGAUUAUAUUUGUAUUCUGCAAUCCAUUAAUUUCAAAACAUUCAGUGAAACGCUUUGUCAUUUGAACUGCUUCAGACAAAUAAAGAGAAACGGCAAGUGG